CACAUACUCACUCGAUGUGAUUUGUGCCCUGUGUGGAUUUGUUUUCUUCCCCACCCCGCUGUGUUUUGUGACCCUCUCCCCACCUCGACCAGUUCAAUAUUUCUCCGCGACUUCAGCAUUCGUUAAUUAUCUUCACAAAUGUCUUCUCCGCCGUCAACGUCGUCUCCCUCGUCGCCAAAUUCUGGAACUAAUUCCAGCGAGACCACUUGCAAAGUAUGUGAGCUAUCCGCACAUGGUGUACACUUCGGAGUCACAAGUUGCAGGGCGUGUGCGGCUUUUUUCAGGCGAACAAUUGUAAUGUCGCGCACCAAGAAAUACAGGUGUCGCGGAGGCAUGAACAAGUGUAUAGUCAACACCAACGACAGAUAUCAAUGCAGACUGUGCAGGUUUAACAAAUGCGUGACGCUGGGAAUGACAUCGGAAAAUGUACAAUGGAAUCGAGAUCCGUUUCCAGAAGGCAGAAAGAAAAGGGAUGGAAGAGGAAGUGAAGACGAGGUCGAUUUGAAACCAGUCAAGAGACCUACCUUCACUUCAUCAAUGCUCACUCCUACAAUCACAAAACCAAAGCGAAUUGUCGACGUCACACUUUUAGCGGGUAAAAUACAAAAGAUACUCAAUGAUAAAAAGAUACCGGAACAUCCGCGAUUAAAAAAGCUAAACAAUCUGGAAAGACUGGAACUUUCUCUUCGUGAAUGGAGGUCGAAGCAAAAAAUUAAUGAGGAAAUGGAGGAAAUUUCGAAGCUCACAAUUGAGGAAAUGUUCGUGUUCUGCGAGCAACAAAUGGUGAUAGUUGCCACAUGGCUGGCACAUUGUCCAUACUUUCAAAAACUAGAAUCAACGUUGAAGUAUCAAAUGUUCAAAGUUGUCUGGAAUGUAUGGAGAAGGUUUGAGCGUGUGGAGAUGUCAGUGAAAAUGUAUGAAAGGGAGACUCCUGGGGAGGUUAUGAAAUUCGCAAUUUCUGACAAGUACUAUGUUACUCCGAAGCUGAAAAUUGACAUAUCAAAAGUCACGAAUUGGCCCGUACCAUUUAUGGGUGGAAUAUUCCGACGGUCAAUUCAAAAUAUGUUUGAGCAAACUGGAGUUCCACUUGCCUAUCUGGAACCAUCAUCGAUGGAAAUGGCAUAUAUGUUGAGCCAACUAAGCUGGCAGUUAGCAGCACAAGCUCUCCAAGGAAAAGUAAUGGAACUAGCUGAAGCUCAACAAGAAGAGUUAGCAAAUAAUCUCCACGAUCACUACCUCCAAAUUAAACGGCGAUCGAACUACGCGGGUCGUCUUGUUAAACUGAUGAGCGUUGUUAAUACGGUCAAAAAACUUCAUAUGGAACGGAAAAUUGCAAUUGAGCUGGCAAAUAUUUUUGAUUUCUUCAGUGUGGAGCUCUCAGAUCCGGAGAUUUUCGAUGGGUGAAAGAAUAUCGAUGUUAUAUGAAAAUAAAUUAUUUAUUCACUUCUUAUAGUAGUAAAUAAUUAUUCAUUCA